AUGAAGAGGCCCAAGACGGCCAGGGAAAAUGCACCCAUACCGAGGGACCCACAACCACCACACGACGAACCCCCCAAACGCAAGAUCCCCGAAGCGGUGAGGAUGCGCAUGCAGGUAGACACAGCAGCCGACCUAGACACGAACGGCCAAAGGACAACCAAAAAACUCCCGAGACAAAGAGCGAGAUACAGGCCAUACACGCCGCCCAACUUCGAGUGCCUCGGCCCAAGCGGAACCAGCAGCAUCGCCGCCACCCAACACAUAGGCCUCCAGGAAGCAACGACGACGCAGGGCGGACUCACAACAACAAGAAUAGAAGCCCAGCUGAUUGGGCACACCAGCACGCCCCUCCCCCCACACAUGACAAAGGCAAACCCGCACUGGGGACAAAUACCCGAAGAAACCCAAAUGAACGCGACGACGAUACCAUUCACAACAACAGCCCUUCCCAAAAUUGCACACAAGACCUCCGUCGGCCUAGGAAACAUGAGGGAGGGCCUGAGGAGGCGGCUGAACGACAAGAAAGCCAUAUCAGCACUACUAAUCCCCUUCGGCGCGGGGAACAGGUUCGUGAGGGACAACCCAAAAUACGCUGAACAAGCCGCCGCCUUCCUCAAUAGCCUUAAGGGAGCCGAAGCCAACCAAAUCACAGUGGUAGCCCCAUCCCCCCAAUUCACCCCACCCCCCAGGGCGAGGUUCGCCAUGCCCUUUGCAUAUGUAGCGACCAACAUCCCCAAAGAAGUCAAAGACCUGCUGAUCGAACAGCAAACAUUCGCAUUCCAAGUCGACGGGAGGAAGCACGCAUUCACCGCGAUUGAAGUCCCUGGGGAAACCCCAACAUCGUGGGUAAUAGCAAACUUCACCGGGGAAUGCGUAACGAACAACCCAGACAAAAUGGCAAGGGCCCUCGAGGCAAUAAUAAACACGCUGUUCGACGACACCGACAUAGCACGAGAAGCCAACAAGGCACUAGCAGAAGAGGGCAUAGGUGGCUCCGUGCUGGAAAGGAAAGCCAUCGCACUAUCCACAAUGAGCCUAACCCACAUACCACGAAAGAACGAGCUCGGCGAGGACUCACCCGCAUGGCAGCUGGCCGGACAACCCAUACACAACAAUCACAAAGGCCAUCGAACGUGGCUUAAGGCAAUACGACGCCUCACCUUUGAGCUCGACGACAUGCAGUCGAUAUCAUCGACGGCCGACGUAAUAGGGUGCGUGUGGUGCAAAGCAGAAACGCACAGCAGCGAAUACUGCCCCUUCCCCAAGAUUAAAGACUGGAAAGGUCCGAUGCCCAACGCUGAGGAAUACGUGAGACCCGAACCCCCCUACAAGCCGGACGCCGGAGCCCGAAAAGCGAAGGACACCAAAAAGGGCAGAAAGAACAAAGAGAACGGGACCAAAGAUAGAGCUAGACUACAUAAACCUGUCGAGUAA